UGGGCCUUGCAGCCGUGUGGGGUAAAUAAUACUUCCAGGAGUUUCUGAAGGCCGGGGGGAAAGGAAUGAUGUUGCGAGACUGAAAUUCUCGACGUUUAAAACAGUGGAGGCGCCGCCAAGGAAGCCCCUCUCAGUGACUGUUGUGACUGUGUUUACUUGGGAAGGUCGGUUAAUUCGGAGAUCUGCAAGCGCGCGUCAUCUUCCCCGAGUGAGGCGCCCGCAAAAAUGUCGGCGGCGAUCGCGGCUCUGGCCUCCUACGGCAGCGGCAGUGGCAGCGAUUCGGAUGGAGAGUGCGGAGAGGUCCCCAGCCAGGACGCCGUGGCUCAUUUACACCCUCUCGACCCUGAGAAAUCAAUGUCACGCCUUCACGGAUCUCUCGCUUUGAACUCCGCGCCUGAGGUUGCUGUAAAGGAAGAUGUGGAAACAGGGGUUCAUCUUGAUCCAUUGCUGAAGGAAGUUAUGUUCAAUCCAUCAUAUGAAACUAUGUUUGCACCAGAGAUUGGUCCAGUGAAUCCUUUCAGGACGCAGCAGAUGGCUGCUCCUAGAAAUAUGCUGUCUGGGUAUACUGAACCUGCCCAUAUCAAUGAUUUCAUGUUUGAGCAGCAGAGAAGGACGUUUCAUACCUACGGUUAUGCUUUGGAUCCAACAGUAGACCACAGUGAGGGAGCAGGAGGGGCUACGUAUAUUGGUAGUGUGGAAGAUGCUGAGAAGAAUCAAGGCCUUACAGUAUUUGAAUCUGGUAAAAAGAAAACAGAAAAACGAAAGAAAUUAAAAGAACCUGACCCAGCAAAUAUUGAUGGUUUUCAGGGGCCUUGGGCUAAGUAUGUGGAUGAAAAGGAUGUGGCCAAACCUUCAGAGGAAGAACAGAAAGAACUCAAUGAGAUAAUAGCCAAACGACAAAAGAAAGGCAAACAAGAAGAUGAAAAACCUGCAGAGGAGAAAACAAUCCUACACCUCAAAGAAAUGUAUGACUAUCAAGGCAGGUCGUACCUUCACAUUCCUCAAGAUCUUGGAGUCAAUUUACGAUCUGAUCAACCACCUGAGAAAUGUUACCUCCCCAAGAAACAGCUGCAUGUAUGGACUGGACAUACAAAGGGUGUCAGUGCUAUUCGAUUAUUUCCAACAUCUGGUCACUUGCUUUUGUCCUGUUCCAUGGACUGUAAAAUCAAGCUUUGGGAGGUUUACAAUGACCGCAGAUGCAUUAGAACGUUUAUUGGCCAUAGUAAAGCUGUGCGAGAUGUAUGCUUUAGCAAUGAUGGCACCCAGUUCCUUAGUGCUGCUUACGAUCGAUACCUUAAACUUUGGGAUACCGAGACCGGGAAAUGUACGGCUAAGUUUUCUAAUAGAAAAGUUCCAUAUUGUGUCAAGUUCAAUCCCGAUGAAGACAAGCAGCAUCUCUUUGUGGCUGGUAUGUCAGACAAGAAAAUUGUCCAGUGGGAUAUUCGAUCUGGAGAGAUUGUUCAGGAGUAUGAUAGACACCUAGGAGCUGUGAACACAAUCACAUUUGUGGAUGAAAACAGGCGAUUUGUAAGCACUUCUGAUGACAAGAGCCUCCGAGUCUGGGAAUGGGACAUUCCUGUGGACUUCAAGUACAUUGCAGAACCAAGUAUGCACUCUAUGCCAGCAGUAACAUUGUCACCAAAUGGCAAGUGGCUGGCAUGUCAAUCAAUGGACAAUCAAAUUCUCAUCUUUGGAGCGCAAAACAGGUUUAGACUGAAUAAGAAAAAAAUCUUCAAGGGCCACAUGGUGGCAGGUUAUGCCUGUCAGGUGGAUUUUUCACCUGACAUGAGUUAUGUGGCCUCAGGCGAUGCUGAUGGAAAGCUAAAUAUAUGGGACUGGAAGACGACCAAACUGUACACUCGAAUCAAAGCACAUGAUAAGGUCUGCAUUAGUGCAAUUUGGCAUCCACAUGAAACAUCCAAAGUCAUCACGUGUGGCUGGGAUGGACAGAUCAAACUGUGGGACUGAUGGAAGUUCCUGGAGUUUCAGAAUUUUCUUGGUAAUAAGUCUCUCCAGAGAAAUUGUGUUUAGACUCACUGCGGAAUGCUCUCUGACUGGAUACUUGUUGACUGCCUUGCUGGCUGAAGACAUGGAAAUGCUCCGGCAGAGCUGGCUAUAUGCUAAGCUGAAAGAUUCAACACUGAAGUACAUCCUUCAACAUCUUCAUGAAUUUGAGUAAUGUUCUGUGUAGAUUCUGUUUAAAACUUCAAAUAAAAUCACAACCUAAAACAACUUCCAGUUUUUAAAUGUAAAUGGAAACAAAAUGCUGGCUGGAAAAGAGAACUCGGGUUGUACCAGCAUCCAUGAAGAGAGAAAAAUAUCUUCUGUUACAUUUAUUAAUGAAAACUGGACAUUGACUGUGUUUCUUCAUAAUUCUUAGAUUUUUAAGAAAAUAUGAACAUCCAAUUUUGACAUUAGUAAUUUCUAAGAAUGCAAUUCUGUUUGACGAUCAUCAGUUACCACGAGAAGCAGACAUUCUACUGUAAGGAAUUUGACCACCAUGAUCUCUCCUUACUGAAAGUGACCAUUCUUCAAAUUUCUGUUCAUACAGCAAACCUGAACCAACCGUUCAGAAACUAAAGUAUUGACCCAUUCAAAACUGGAAAUGAUUAUAUUGACUUAAACAUUUGUAUUAAGGAGAUAUUUUAUUUUUCUGUUUCAAGUUAUUGUAAAAUUGUUAAAAUUUGAGUCAUAAACUGAACAUUCUGUAACCCUUUAAGAAGAAUUUGCCUUUCAGUGCAAUGCUAUCUGUUCGUGCAAUGGAGACUUUUCAUACAAAGAGCUGGAUAUAUAACUUCAUGACAGUUAGUGGAAUGCAAAUAACAUUGAUAAAACGGAAAUGAAAUUGAAAUUGUGGGUUCUGGAAAUCUGAAAUACAAGUGGGAAAAGAUGGAGACAUUAAGCAGGUCAGGCUGUAUCUGUAGAACAAAAAUCUGAGUUAUGAUUUCAAGUCAAAUGAUCUUUUGUCAGAUUUGGGGAAUGUUACAUAAUGUUUUCUAGUUCUGAAGAAAAUUGCCGACCUGAAAUAUUGACUGUUUCUUUCUCCCCAGAUGCUGCCUAAACUGCUGAGUAUUUUCCUCACUGUCUCAUCAUACUCCUCUAUCAUUGCAUGCAGAUUGAACCAGGAAGUAGAAAUUUUAAGUGUCUGGGUCUUUAUAGAAAGUUGCAAAGAGGGUGUAAAGUUGACAAUAAAGCCCAUCCAUGCUGGUGUUCACACGUUUCUAACAGAA